AUGGAAGCCGUUAAGGAUACAGAGUCACAACAUGUGGAGAAUGCCGAGUCCAUAGACGCGGAGAAGAAUGCUAUCCAGCGUAUCCAAGUCUCGGUUUCCGAGCAAGCUUACAUCCGAAGGAAGUUCGACCGCCGCGUAUUGCCCAUCGUUUGCAUCCUCUACGUUCUCUCUUACCUGGAUAGGGGAAAUGUGGGCAAUGCCAAAACCGCCGGCCUCGAAAAUGAUUUAGGGCUCAGUGACUCGCAAUGGACCUGGGUUCUCAAUUCAUUUUAUAUCUGCUAUGUUCUUUUCGAAUGGACCACGAUCCUGUGGAAGCUCCUCCCUGCCCAUAUCUACGUGGCCAUGCUAUGCAUCUGCUGGGGUGCGGCAGCCAUGUGUACCGGUGCAGUGGACAACAUGGCCGAGUUGAUCAUCUGUCGAUGUUUUCUGGGCGUUUUUGAGGCCGCAUUCGGAGCCGGAGCUCCAUACUUCUUAUCGCUGUUCUACCAACGAUAUGAACUUGGAUUCAGGGUCUCACUGCUGCUGGGGAUGUCCCCCGUCGCCAAUUGUUUUGCCAGCGCCUUGGCGUAUGGAAUAAUACAGAUUAGACAUUCGAUCGCAUCGUGGCGGUAUCUGUUUAUCAUUGAGGGUGCACCUACUGUUAUUUUCUCUGUUGUCGUUUUCUUCUUCCUCCCUGACUCUCCGGGCACGGCCAAGUUCCUGACCGAAACGGAGCAAACUCACGCUGUUGAGAGGCUGCAGACAGUUGACCACACCGCAAAAACACGACUCGACCGUAGACAAGUUUUCAACGGACUGGCGGACUACAAGAAUUAUGUGCACACGGCUAUUCACUUUUGUUGCAACUUCUCCUUUGCAGGAUUAUCCAACUUUCUCCCCACCAUCCUCAACGACAUGGGGUACACAUCAGUCGAUGCACAAGGUCUCUCUGCUCCUCCCUAUUUCGCGUCAUUCUUGCUAUGCAUUGUGGCAGCGGUUGUCUCAGACCGAUGGGGAGGAAGAGGGCUUGUUAUCGCAUUCUCUGCGACUGCUGGGAUGGUUGGCUACCUGAUCCUGGCGGCUGUGCAAGAUGAAUACAAGACUGGAGUGCGGUAUUUGGGUGUUUGGCUUGCUACUUGUGGAAUCUUCCCAGCACUGAGUAUCAAUAUAACCUGGCUGUUGAAUAACCAAGGCGGGGAUUCCAAGAAAUCUGCCGGGAUGGCGCUGCUUGCGGUUUUUGGGCAAUGUUCGAGCUUCGUGAGCAGUGCCGUGUUCCCCAACUCCGAAGGUCCAAUUUAUAUCCGAGGUUGUGCCAUUGGAUGCGGCUUGACAGGAUGCAUUGCGAUCAUGGCCCUGGGACUUUAUGCAAAACUAACCCUUGAGAAUAAGAAGCGGGAUAGGCUCUACGGUACUGUGUCUAGGGACGUUCAUGUCGAUGUGACCAGAGAUGGAGAUAAGAAUCCUCAGUUCCGCUAUUUGACCUGA